AUGUCAGGUGUCUCCGUUGUUGUAGGUGCUCAGUGGGGCGAUGAAGGGAAGGGUAAAAUUGUAGACAUGCUCUCUGCCCGUUGCGAUGUUAUUUGUCGGUGUCAAGGCGGUAACAAUGCAGGUAUGUUUCAUUCUAUUUAUCUUCUUGCUCCAGGACACACUGUUGUUGUUGAUGACGCGCAAUAUUUCUUCCACCUUGUUCCCAGCGGUAUUAUUAGAAGUGAUACGAUGUGCAUUAUUGGCAAUGGCGUCGUUAUUAAUCUGCAGGAUCUAUUUAAAGCAUGCAUUCCCGAUGUUGAGGGUCGUAUACGUAUUUCUGAGAGCGCCCACCUUGUUUUUGAUGUUCAUCGUCGCGUCGACGAGCUGGAAGAAGAGGCGAGAGGUCGUUAUGUCAUUGGUACGACAAAACGCGGCAUUGGUCCGACUUAUGCUUCGAAGGUUUCAAGGAGGGGUCUGCGCGUUGCAGAUCUAGUCGGCGAUUGGAAUGUGUUUUGUGAACGAUAUCAAUCUCUGGUUGAUUUUUACGAGUCACAUUAUCCUACUCUCAGUGUUGAUGUCAAAAGAUCUCUAGAAGAACUAUCUGGUUACCGUGAUCGUCUGAAGCCCAUGGUUAGGAAUACCGCUUUUUUGGUGAACAAAUUCGCGAUGGCUGACACACAUCGCCUCCUCGUUGAAUGUGCUCAGUCAACCAUGCUGGAUAUCGAUUUUGGCACUUAUCCCUACGUCACUUCAUCGAAUUGCUCUGUUGGUGGUGUAUGCACUGGCCUGGGCUUGCCUCCAUCUCGUAUUGGUUGUGUUUUUGGGGUGUCCAAGGCGUACACAACUCGUGUUGGAUCAGGCGCGUUUCCUACUGAGUUAACUGGUGAAUUAGCUGAAAAGUUGCAGACAGUUGGCUAUGAAUUUGGCGUUACAACUGGUAGGAAGCGCCGUGUUGGCUGGCUGGAUGCGGUUGUUCUGCGCUACGCCCACAUGAUCAACAAUUUCACUGCUAUCGCGCUCACCAAGCUCGAUGUUCUGGAUGACUUGGACGAGGUUAAAAUUGCAAAGGACUACAUCGACCCAACUACUGGAGAAAUACUUCAAUGCUUCCCCUCCGACCUUUCGCUGUUGUCUCGAGUAAGCGUAAUCUAUGAGACGUUACCUGGGUGGAAGACGAAGACGACAGGCAUAAAGAAAUACGUAGAUCUGCCAGAGAAUACGCGUAAGUACAUUGAAAUGGUCGAAAAACUCUGUGAACUUCACGUUCGAUGGAUCGGAGUAGGACAGGGUCGCGAGGACAUCAUCUCCAAACCUCUCUCAUAG